AUGGCGGCGGCGUUGACGUAUCGCUGCAGCUCGGUGGGGCGGAUACCAUGGAUGGGACUACAGGCUGCUGUAAUUAAGACGCAGAAGAAGAAACGCAGCGAUCAGCUGGGAGACAGUUUUGUUGUCAUGUCCCACCUGAAUAUUUGCGUCUCUGGAGCAACAAUGUUUUCAGUUCAGGCUUUGAGGGAAUUCGUCAGCGAGCGACUAACUGCAGCUGCGGAAGAAAUCUUCUUAGAGUUUGAAAAGGCGAUAUUCCGCUACGAGGACGAGGUGGACCGGCAGCGCAGGCUGCGGGACGCCGACUGGAAGCCGCAGAUCCGGUUGUACCGGAUAGAUCACCCACAGCAACAUGUCAAGGAGAAGGAAGUUCUGUCUGAGCAGCCCGUCCUGGACCGGGGGAGGGGGUCCGGUCCGGACCAGGGGAUGAACCUCAUUCUGCUCCAGGAGGAACCAGUACCUCCACAGAUUAAACAGGAAGAGGAGGAACUCUGCAGCAUUCUGGAGGAAACGGAGCCGCUGGUUCUGAAGCAGGAGACUGAAACCUUCACCUUUACUGCCAUUUACCAGGAACCUGACUUCACUGAACCAGAACCAGAACCAGAACCUGAGCAGCUUCACUCUCAGACCUCUCCCUCAGCCGAGAACCCGGAUCAGGACCGGAGCAGGAAUCUGGACUCAGGAUCAGCCAUGGACACGGAGAUGAGUCCAAACCAGCGACCUGGUUCAAACAGGACUGACAGCAGACGUGUGGACCGGUCCUGCGGGCCCUCCGGUUCCUCCGGGUCCGCGGGUCCGGUGGAAACCCAGCUGGGUAAAGAGUGCAUGAAAUGUGACGUUUGUGGAAAGAGCUUCCGCCACAAGUCCUUCAUAGAGCGACACUACCGGACCCACACGGGGGCCCGGCCCUACGGCUGCUCGGUGUGCGGGAAGGGCUUCGCUCAGAAAGGGACGCUGGUGAAGCACCUGCGGGUGCACACGGGCGAGAGGCCGUACCACUGCCAGACCUGCGGGAAGCGCUUCAGCCAGAGCUGCAGCCUGCUGGCCCACCUCCGGAUGCACUCGGGCGAGAAGCCGUACCCCUGCCAGACCUGCGGGAGGACCUUCCCCUCCCGCUCCAAGCUGCGGCUCCACAACCGGGUCCACACCGGGGAGAGGCCGUACCCCUGCGGCGUGUGUGGGAAAGGCUUCAGCCGGAGGGCUCACAUGAAGAAUCACAUGACCGUCCACGUGGGGGACGAACGCUGA